UUUAUUGUUAGUAACAGAUCUUAUUUCAGAUUUAGACUCAACUCAUUCAUUAACGGCCUCGAUGUGGUUUAUUAAAAGGAACUCAGCUGUUGUUAGAGAGGAGACUCCUCUGAGGGGAGGACCUGACGGGGCUGCUGCUGCUGAGCCAGGAUCCAAUCAGCUUUCAUUUAGUCCCUGAGAGGACGAGGCGACCUGCUGCUCCUUCACAGGUCAACACUCGCUCACACGCUGGCCUCUGUUUGGCUUCAGUCUAGUCGCCCUUUAAACGUCAUGUUUGGUGAUUUAAGGGAUGAUGAAGAAGACCUGAACAUCGUCAUCGUCAUGACGGGGAGUAACAGACAGCAGAGACGGUGAGAAUGGAUCCACAUUUAUUUAUUGAUUUUAGUCUCUUGAUUAUAAACAAAUAAACUUUGGUUCUCCCUCAGCGACUCGGUCUGUGAUGGUUGAGCGUCUUCAGUCUACCAACAUCAGGAGACGGCCGCCAACCUGCUGUCUGUCGGUGUGACCGACGACGAGACGGUGAGACUGUGUUGGUGUUCGACUGAUUUUCACCAUCAGAGCUCAACGAUCACUUUGUUACUUUCAUUCUAACAGAAAUUCAGACGGAGCUGCGACGCUGAAGGACAUCACACUGUUCUACGCCAUCACACUGGUCUACGCCAUCACACUGGUCUACGCCAUCACACUGUUCUACACCAUCACACUGGUCUACGACAUCACACUGUUCUACACCAUCACACUGGUCUACGACAUCACACUGUUCUACGCCAUCACACUGUUCUACGCCAUCACACUGUUCUACACCAUCACACUGGUCUACGACAUCACACUGGUCUAUGACAUCACACUGGUUCUACGCCAUCACACUGUUCUACACCAUCACACUGGUCUACGACAUCACACUGGUCUAUGACAUCACACUGGUCUACGCCAUCACACUGUUCUACGCCAUCACACUGUUCUACACCAUCACACUGGUCUACGACAUCACACUGGUCUAUGACAUCACACUGGUUCUACGCCAUCACACUGUUCUACACCAUCACACUGUUCUACGACAUCACACUGUUCUACACCAUCACACUGGUUCUACGCCAUCACACUGUUCUACGACAUCACACUGUUCUACGCCAUCACACUGUUCUACGACAUCACACUGGUCUACGACAUCACACUGGUCUACGACAUCACACUGGUCUAUGACAUCACACUGGUUCUACGCCAUCACACUGUUCUACGCCAUCACACUGGUCUACGCCAUCACACUGUUCUACGCCAUCACACUGGUCUACGACAUCACACUGGUCUACGACAUCACACUGGUCUACGACAUCACACUGGUCUACGACAUCACACUGUUCUACGACAUCACACUGUUCUACGACAUCACACUGGUCUACGACAUCACACUGUUCUACGCCAUCACACUGGUCUACGACAUCACACUGGUCUACGACAUCACACUGGUCUACGACAUCACACUGGUCUAUGACAUCACACUGGUCUACGACAUCACACUGGUUCUACACCAUCACACUGUUCUACGACAUCACACUGUUCUACGACAUCACACUGGUCUACGACAUCACACUGUUCUACGACAUCACACUGGUCUACGACAUCACACUGGUCUACGACAUCACACUGGUCUACGACAUCACACUGGUUCUACACCAUCACACUGUUCUAUGACAUCACACUGGUCUAUGACAUCACACUGGUUCUACGCCAUCACACUGUUCUAUGACAUCACACUGUUCUAUGACAUCACACUGGUCUAUAACAUCACACUGGUCUAUGACAUCACACUGUUCUAUGACAUCACACUGUUCUAUGACAUCACACUGGUCUAUGACAUCACACUGGUUCUACGCCAUCACACUGGUCUAUGACAUCACACUGGUCUAUGACAUCACACUGGUUCUACACCAUCACACUGGUUCUACACCAUCACACUGGUUCUACACCGUCACACUGUUCUAUGACAUCACACUGGUUCUACACCAUCACACUGGUUCUACGCCAUCACACUGUUCUACGCCAUCACACUGGUCUACGCCAUCACACUGUUCUACGCCAUCACAUUGGUCUACGACAUCACACUGUUCUACGACAUCACAUUGGUCUACGCCAUCACACUGUUCUACGCCAUCACAUUGGUCUACGACAUCACACUGUUCUACGACAUCACAUUGGUCUACGACAUCACACUGUUCUAUGACAUCACACUGGUCUAUGACAUCACACUGGUCUACGACAUCACACUGUUCUAUGACAUCACACUGGUCUAUGACAUCACACUGUUCUAUGACAUCACACUGGUCUACGACAUCACACUGUUCUAUGACAUCACACUGUUCUAUGACAUCACACUGGUCUAUGACAUCACACUGGUCUAUGACAUGAGGUACUUGUACUUUACUUGAGUAUUUCUGCUUCUACUGUACCACAUAACAGAGGGAAUACUGUACUUUUUACUGCACUACACGUAUCUGACAGCUUCAGUUCUCGCAAGACGAGAAUAAAAUCUGAUGUUUUAUUAUAUUAUACAGAUUAGUCCAUUUUAAUCAAUCGAGUAAUUUCACUUUUAAUACUUUAAGUUUUUCCUGAUUAUUCUCACAUACUUUUAUGUUAGUGACAUUUUCACUGCAGGACUUGGUGGUAUUAGUACUUUUACUGCAGUGAAGGAUCUGAGUACCUCCACCUGUUAAAGUGAGCAGCAGAACACACGUGCCGUGCUUUAGUUAGUGCUUUGUAAAAAAUCAGGUUUUAUCACAUAAGCGCUUGUCAUUUUGUCAUUUAUGAUUGACAGGGAGCCUGCUCUGAAGGGGGCGGGGAUAGAGACGACAGCUCAUGAAUAUUAAUGGCUCUGGUUGUUAAUUGUCUCUAAAUUAAAGUGCAGAGAAACAAACAGGCCCGCAGCAGGAGAAAAGCUUGUAUCUCCAAACUCUUAGCGUAUCAAUCCGCCAGUAUCAAGUAUUCAUCCUGAAGUUCCUCCUGUUGCACGUCAGAAACGCUGAGACACUCAUGAAAUAACAGUUUCAGCAUUUAUAGAUCAGAUGAUAACAUGUUUUCUCUCUGUGGAGCUGAACUGAAGCUCGAGGUUCCUCAACAAUGACAUUCCGAAAACAGACAAACGCGGUUUUAUGAACCUGAUGGACAGACUGCGUCUUUAUUCGUCGACCUCCGGUGUCAGAGAGCAGCGGCACCGUUUAGUCAGCCAGAGGAGCAGAAACCGAUCGAACAGAUCAAUAAAACAGUUGGCAACAUGUUAGCACCAGUUUGUUAAACAUCAUGAACAGGAAGCAGAUUUUAUUCUCUAAUAACUUGAAAUGAAGAACCUGACGUAUCAGAGAAUGAAGUACCCAGUAGUUUACUACUAAAUUUGGUGAGGUACUUGUGCUUUACUUGUCAUGGUUUGGCGUGGAAGUGUUUCCUGUCUUAUUUUGGUAAACUCUUCCUCUCGUCUGAUUCGUUCCACCUGUCCCUCGUUAUCUCCUCCUCACUGGUCUGUUCCCCUCACUCUGUUCCAGCUCGUACACUUGGACUUCCUGUCCCCCUCCUGCUGUUAGCGCCCCAGGGUUUUGUUUGAGUACCAGCGUCUCCCUUGGACCCUGCCUGUUUACCGGACUUUGUAUUCUUGCCCGUACCCUGCUGGACUCGUUUGUUGGACUGCUUCCUGUUAUGACCCUUGCCUGGAUUUUGGAUUUGCACAUUGCCUUCUAGCUGUUGGACUGUUUCCCUGUUUCAUCGUAUUAAAUCAUUGAACUGCAUCUGCUCUGCCUCGAGGUCUGAGACCUGGUCCAGCCCCUUCUGUUCCUCGGCUCCAGGAUUUGGCUCAGUGUGAUAACUUGAAUUGAACUUCUACUCCAGCACAUCUCAGAGGGAAACUUUUUACUUACAUUUUCAUUUACUCAUCUUGCAGACGCUUUUAUCCAAAGCGACUUAGGCUUGGAUUAUGGAGUUUAGGUAGAUGGUGCAGACCCAGUAGUCACUCUGAAUGCAGCAUCAGGAAAUUGAAUUUGAUUCUGGAGGCCGCGGGGAGCCAGUGGAGGUCACUGAGUAAUAGAGUGACAUGAGUCCUUCUGGGCAGAAACCAGAUGGGCUGCUGAGUUCUGAACCAUUUGUUGGGGUUUCACCGCACAAGCUGGAAGACCUGCUAGGAGGGCAGAGAGAUAACCAUGGCCUGGAUCAUCAAUCAUGAAGUUUCUCACCACCUUGGUUGUGAUGGUU